UUCCCCCCUUUGUGUUUACACAUCCGGGUCUCUUCGCCGAGCAGCCCGCUCCCCAUUUAGACUGACGCCAUUUUGGACACACAUCACCAACAUGCAUGUAAACCCCCAGCGACCUCUCGACGCGGCGCCGCCGAAAACAACAACGCCCGCCUCGGUCCUCUGAGACGCUCCUUUCGCCUUCUUCUUCUUUUUUUUUGUUUAACUAUCGCUAUGCGGCUUCUUUAAAAAAACAAAACAAAAAACAAAGAACGAGCCGCUCGUCUACCUGCCCGCAUCUUCUCCCUUCGCACCCCGGCUUGUGGUUGUGGCGGCGGCCGAGCCACGCUGCUCGGUGCUGGCUGGCGCUGGAGGGGACGCCGGUGAGGCCUGCGGUCGGUUUGAUCUCCGGACUGAUGGUCUGGACGGGGUUGGCUUGUUAAUGAACCAGGCGGAGGACCUCCGGGCUGUGUUUGAAAACGGAACAUGUCUUUCUCCUGGCUGACUUGUUCACUUCUUCUGGGAACUUUAUGCGCAGGGUACAGUCUGGGUGAGGCCGAGACCCGGGAGUGCGUGUUCUACAAUGACAACUGGCGCGCGGAGAAGACCAACCAGAGCGGCUUCGAGCGCUGCGACGACAAGGACAAGGACAAAGACAAGCGGCUGCACUGCUACGCAUCCUGGCUCAACUCUUCAGGGACUAUCAAGCUGGUGAAGAAAGGCUGCUGGCUGGACGACUUUAACUGCUAUGACAGGCAAGAGUGCGUCUCCAUGGACGAGAACCCUCAGGUGUUCUUCUGCUGCUGCGAGGGAAACUACUGCAAUGAGCGCUUCACCCACCUCCCUGACAUGAUUGGCAGUGGCAACAGAGUCAAAAUCCGGCCUCCACCCAGAGUGCCGUCUAUGCUCAACGUGCUGGUCUACUCCAUGCUACCUCUCUGCGUGCUCUCCCUGGCAAUCAUCCUGGCCUUGUGGAUGUACCGCCACCGCAAGCCCCCCUACGGCCACGUGGACCUAAGUGAGGACCCUGGACCCACUCCUCCAUCUCCUCUGGUGGGUCUGAAACCCCUGCAGCUGCUGGAAAUCAAAGCCAGGGGGCGCUUUGGUUGCGUUUGGAAAGCCCAGCUCAUGAGCGAACAUGUCGCCGUCAAGAUCUUCCCGGUUCAGGAUAAGCAGUCGUGGCAAAACGAGCGGGACAUCUUCCUGACUGCGGGCAUGCGGCACGAGAACAUCCUGCGCUACAUCGCCGCAGAGAAGCACGGAAGCAACCUGGAGACGGAGCUGUGGCUCAUCACGGAGUUUCACGAAAGAGGGUCAUUGACCGAUCACCUGAAGGGCAGCACUGUGACGUGGGGCGAGCUGUGCCUCAUCGCCGAGACCAUGUCCCGCGGCUUGGCCUACCUCCAUGAGGACAUUCCGAGUUACAAAGGGGAAGCGCCAAAACCCACCAUUGCCCACAGGGAUUUCAAGAGUAAGAAUGUGAUGGUCCGAGACGACCUGGUUGCAGUCAUCGGAGACUUUGGGCUGGCCGUCCGCUUUGAACCAGGGAAACCUCCAGGAGAUACACACGGCCAGGUGGGCACGCGGCGCUACAUGGCUCCAGAGGUGCUAGAGGGAGCCAUCAACUUCCAGCGUGACUCCUUCUUGAGGAUCGACAUGUACGCCAUGGGCUUAGUGCUGUGGGAGCUGGUGUCCCGCUGCAGCGAGAUGGACGGUACCACCGGUGAGUACAUGCUGCCGUUUGAGGACGAAAUUGGUCAGCAUCCAUCCCUGGAGGACCUGCAGGAUGUGGUUGUGCACAAGAAAAUGCGUCCAGUCAUCAAGGACUGCUGGCUCAAACAUCCUGGUCUGAGCCAGCUGUGCGAGACCAUCGAGGAAUGCUGGGACCACGACGCAGAGGCCCGCCUGUCUGCCGGCUGCGUAGAGGAGCGUAUCGGCCAGAUCGCCAGGACCACCGGCGGCACUACCUCAGACGGCCCCGUCUCCAUGGUGACGCCUCUCACCAACGAGGACCUACCUCCCAAAGAGUCCAGUACCUGAAACAGGGGGCGGUGGCGACCAUCUUUGGCCCCCUCAGCUCCUAACUUUUUGACGUUUUUUUUUUUUUGGUCAAACCCAAACUCAGUGGAUCUCCGUGAAUAUUUAAUAAUAACAGAAGAAGAAGAAGAAAACGAGCAAUUUUUUGAAUGCAGCUGCUAUUUUAUCACCAUACCGGUAUUGUUUUUUUCUCUUUUACGUCUUACUACCAUAUCCUUCUGCUGUAGUUGGGGAGUAGUGUAAGCUAUGCGACGUGAAACACUACAUGUCGUCAUUACCUCAUCCAUUUAUUUGUGUCGGUCUACUUUUUCCUUUAAUUACCUCAUGACUUUUUUUUUUUUUUCUUUCUUUAACGUCCUCCCCGUGUAGUCACAAGCAGCCAAAUGAAACUAAACUUCAGGUCCAAACCUCGGGAGGAUGCGCUGCACAACUGGGAGGAAGCUUUGGUUUUUUUUGUUUUUGUUUUUUGAGACUGUUAAGACGAAAUAUAUUCAUCUUCCUCAGGGGUCGAAGCUUCUAGGAUUUUUAAACUCUUUGUGUGCUCCCUUAUUUGAAACCUGUGAAUGCCUCCCUCCCAACAGAAUAGACGACGUCUGAAAAGGACAACAAACAUUUAAAAUAACGGAGCACAGCGGUUUUUAUGGCGCUAAAAGGUGCUGAGCAGUGGUAUUAUUAUUCUAAUUAUUAUUAUUAUUAUUAUUAUUAUCAAAACAUUUGGACAUGUUGGGGACGCGUGUGGUGCUCCCUCGGGGAACUACCUCUCUCAGGUAUCCAAUAGGAGCUUUUUUUUCUCUAAGCUGUAAUGGACAUGUCCACAUGUCCUCUGAUAAGAUUUUUUUUUUUUUUUCUCAUGUUUUUGUUGUGUAGAGUUUCACAGUUACUCCUUUGCCAGUGUCUGGAGUUGCAAUGUUACACAUUCUUCAUUUUUAACUGUGUGUGUGUGUGUGUGAGUGUGAGAAAGAAUGUGUGUGUAUGUGUGACCAUUGAACGAAUGUACACUCGAGCCAGUAAUGAGUCAUUUACAUAGCA